GGAAUAUUGUUAGCCUUACUCUUCCCCCAAUAUAAGACAGGCCCACUGAGAGCCAAGUGCCCUGAGCAGAAACAGGCAGAAGCAGAACCAUCACUCAGGGAACCACCGCUCAGGAACUAGGCAGAAGCAGAACCAACUCUCAGGGAUGGGUGAGCUGCCACCAGCUGUGGUGAUAGACAAUGGCUCAGGUCUGCUCAAGGCUGGCGUGGCUGGGGACAAGGAACCGCGUGUCAUCUUCACCAACCUAAUAGGCCGCCCCAAGGCCAAGUCUGUGAUGUUGGGCGCUGGCCAGAAGGACUUCUACAUUGGAGAUGAAGCGCAAGCAAAAAGAGGGAUCCUCUCCCUCAGAUAUCCAGUAGAACAUGGAAUUGUCACUUCCUGGCCUGACAUGGAGAAAAUAUGGAAGCACGUUUAUGAUAAUGAAUUGAGGUUAAACUCCUGCACAAGACCAGCUCUGAUAACAGAGGCACCACUUAACCCACUGGCCAAUCGUGAACAAAUGACAAGGCUGCUCUUUGAAAAAUUUGAGGCACCAGCUCUCUACGUGGCCAUCCAGGCUGUCUUGGCACUCUAUGCAGCAGGCCUCACAACAGGUUGUGUGAUGGAUUCUGGCGAUGGCGUCACCCACACUGUCCCGAUAUUUGAGGGCUACUGCUUGCCUCAUGCUGUUCUUCGGCUUGACCUGGCAGGCCGGGAUCUUACAGAAUAUCUCAUGAGGAUCCUGAGGGAAAGCGGCAUUGCAUUGGUGAGCACAGCUGAGAGGGAAAUUGUGCGAAUCAUCAAGGAGGCUCUGUGUUACGUGUGCUUGAACCCUGAAGAAGAGAUGGCUAAAAAACCUACUUCAAUUGAGAAAACCUGGAAAUUGCCUGAUGGGCAAAUCAUUAAAAUCCACAACCAAUUGUUCCGCUGCCCUGAGACCCUCUUUCGCCCAUCUAACAUUGGCAUGGAAGCCCCAGGUAUUGAUAAGCUGCUGUUCAACACUAUAAUGAAAUGUGAUAUCGAUUUGAGGACCACUUUGUAUGCCAACAUACUCCUUUCUGGUGGUUCAAGUCUCUUUCCUGGCAUUUCUGAUCGCCUCACAAAGGAGUUGAUUCGUAUGGCUCCCAAGGACACGGAGGUGCUGGUCCAGGCACCUUCUGACAGGAAGAUCUCUGUCUGGAUGGGAGGAUCUAUCCUUGCUUCUCUCUCUGCCUUCCAGGAGAUGUGGAUAUCCAAGGAAGAAUAUGCUGAAGUUGGGGCCAAUAUAGUACACAGGAAGUGCUUCUAGAUUCCUGUUGUAUUGAAACAUUUUUAUUUAAAAAGCUGUGGGGAAGAAACACAAAUUCAUGGCAUCCUUGGUGAGGCUUUUAGCCUCACAGCUUUCUGAAAGAUGAAUAAAGGUAACACUUCCAUGCA